UCUAAUUUUCUCAAAGCGAGGGUCGACACAUCCGCCCAGUUUUCCGAUGUUUCACCCCCCCUCCCCACUCACACACACACCCCUCCUCCUCCUCCUCCUCCUCCUCCCCUGAGUUGAAAAUGGAGUUCGAUUAAAGCAGAUGUCCACCAACUUCUCCAGGAGACUCAAACACCGGGACGUCCUCGCGUCUCUCGGCCGCGGCGUCGACACAGAAGGCAGUCGGAGGGGGGGUUGUUCUUUGUGUCCUCUGUCUCCCGGUGGUUCUUCGGAUGCCUUUACCGCAGAUUCCUCGGACACGUUGACGGAGCAACGCCGCACAGCGCUUUUUUUUUUCUCCUCCUCCGCCUCCUCCUCCUCCUCCUCCUCCUCCUUCCUCCUUCCUCCUUGUCUCCCCCACCCCCCACAAGUGUUGUCCUGGACCUGAAGUUGGCGAAUGGAUGCUCGACACUCAGCCAUAAAUAACCUGCCGAACACCACAGCCUGUCCCUGCGUUUUCUAGAGGAUCUAUGCGCAUUAUUUUUUUUUUUUUUGUGUGUGUGUGUGUGUCUGUGUGUCUGUGUGUGAGUGUGUGUGGUUGCAAAAGCGGAGAGGGGGAGAUCUGCGAUUUCGCCCGGAGAGGAUGGUGCCCACGGCCCAUUUGUUGUGGUGGGAUUCUACUUCCAGGGAGGACAAAAUGAAUCAACGGUUGUCAUUCCUCCUCGCGAUUUAACGUUAGUUCCAGCCAGCGAGGCUAACGUUAAGCUAGCUCCUCUCUCUGGAGGCUUCCCCACCACCACCCACCCAGCCCUUCUCCCCUCUUCCUCCCCUCGCCAGGGACGCUUUUAUCCAGGCAAUGCCCCAUCGCUCGUCCCCCUCUGCCCACCACCCGCAAUAAAGAGAGUGAUUUGUACAUGCGAAGGAAAAUGGUGAUAUUCGUGGUAUUCUGUCCCGCCGUCACUGCGCCGUCGAUGCUAUUGCUAGGACUUGGAUCCCCGUGAGGAAAAAAAUGAGUGAAGAUUCAACAAAUCCAAACAACGAUGACAGUUAUGCGCGUGUGAGAGCAGUGGUCAUGACUCGGGAUGACUCCAGCGGUGGGUGGCUUCCCCUGGGGGGCGGAGGCCUUAGCUGUGUCACUGUGUAUAAGGUCAGCCGGGCGGAGGACAGCGGCAGCACCCACAGUUCAAGCAGCGGAGGAAGCAGCAGCAACCUCGGCUCCUGUAGCCCCAGUUCUAGUCCAAGUCCCAGCCCCAGUCCUAGCCCGACUGCUGUGGAGUUCCACAUCAGGGGCGAGAGGCUCAAAGACAAAUUGGUGGUCCUGGAGUGUGUCCUACAGAAAGGCAUUGUAUACAACAAGGUCAACCCCAUCUUCCACCACUGGAGAAUCAACGACAAGAAGUUUGGACUGACCUUCCAGAGCCCCGCUGACGCCCGUGCCUUCGACCGAGGCAUACGCCGGGCCAUUGAGGACAUCAACCAAGGCUGUCGGCAGUUUGGGGAAGGGGAUAUUCCUGAGGAUGGACUACCGGUGUGUGAUGAGCCUCCCUCCAUCUGUACCCCAAUGAAAGAGCCAUUUUCUCCCCUGAACAACGUUGUCUCCACCGAGCCAUUCAGGGGCUGCUACGUCCGCGCCCAGCCCUUCGACGAGUUCCCCUGCAGCAACCGCCGCUACCUGCCUCCACAGGUCUCCUUCAAGUCGACUCGUCACGUCAGUUUCCACAUGGACGAAGAGAUCGUUCGCAUCAACCCACGUAAAGACGUGCUCAUCCGUGGCUACGAGGACUACCGCCACCCUGUCAUGUGGAAACAGGAGUCUGACCGCGAGGACCUUGACUUCCCCAACGCCUUCCAAAAACUGGACAGUAAGAAGUGCGAGUACCUCUUCCCCGACGGCCCUGGUGGGGACUCCCACUCUGGCCCUGGAAUUGACACAGCCAUCAAGACUCAGCCCUCAUCCCUAUUGAAGUCUAAGAAUGGCCGGCGGCGGCGAGAGGACGGUGAGCGCUCGCGCUGCAUCUACUGUCGGGAGAUGUUUAACCACGAAGACAACUGGCGGGGGCAGUGCCAAGAUGCCCCCGACCCAAUCAAGCAGUGCAUCUACAAAGUCAGCUGCAUGCUGUGUGCCGAGAGCAUGCUGUACCACUGCAUGUCCGACUCCGAGGGCGACUUCUCAGACCCCUGCUCAUGUGACACAUCUGACGAGCAGUUCUGCCUACGUUGGCUGGCCCUGGUGGCGCUCUCCUUCAUCGCACCCUGCAUGUGCUGCUACCUGCCCCUGCGCGCCUGCCACCAUUGUGGCGAGGCCUGCCGUUGCUGUGGGGGCAAGCACAAGGCUGCGGGGUGACCCGACUCAGGGCUCUGGGACACCCUCAAAGCUAGCUAACACAGGAAGUGGAUAAAAGCGGAAAAUUAAAAGCCGGCAUCCUUUUUUCAUUCCCCUCUCAGACGGGGUGAUAUGUUGUUGAUCCCCAGCUCUGAGGGCUUUUGGAGAUUUCAGUUUGUGUUUGUCGCCGACAAGCAGCGGUGGAGGACAAACCAUAUGCUUUGUGGGGGCUCUGAGCAUCAAGCUAAGUUCAGGAGCUUAAUCUAAGGAGAGGAAGAGGAAACGUCAAGAUUAAUAGACUUGGAGAUGUUACUAAACACAUCUGUACACACACACACAUACACACACACGUGCAUUGAUGGAGCCAGGCCACAAAUAUCAGAACUCUACUACAAGUAAUGUGUAACUUUAUGAAGGAAAAUUGUCUUUUGUACAGAGAGCAGCAAAAUAACGACAAAAAAGAAAACAAAACAAUUCUGCAUUCAGAAAACUACUUGCUGUUUGAGUAUGCUAAAAGGGAUAUGUUCUUGCUUUUUGUGAAUUUGCAGUUGGGUAACAGUGGCCUUUCCUCUAUGGCUUAAGCAUUUGCUGACAAUGUAAUGACUGGACAAGAAGACAAGUGCACUAGAAAUGGUAUUUCCCCCGUUAAGUAAAGGUACCCCUCUCAAAUUCUUGGGGUACUCACGCCACCAUAUUUAGUGUCAUUCUAACAUUUGAGAGAUGUUGCUGUGGUGGAUGUUUGGCCAAUUGAUUUCCUUGUUUUCCUUUCCAUCGACUCAAAACGUAAGCUUGUUUCUGAAGGUACAGCUGGCAUAGCUUUUGACAUUCAUAAUAAGAUGUUUCAAUGAUUACCUUGCCUUCCCGAGGUGAUUCAGACCAUCUGAUUGCAUUCCAAAAUAAAGGGAUCGAUUCCAUGAUUAGAAGGGAAAAAUGGUAACGACUCUACCAUGCUCAGUUCCCCGAAAAUAGUGUUUUCCACGCCACACAAAUAGCAUUAGAACCUCUUGAACCAUUCAAAUCGAAACCGGAUACAUGACGAUUUCAUUUACUCCAGUGAAUCUCACUUUUAGUCCUUUUAUUUACUGCUGUAGUGAAAUUGUUGUUUUGUUUCCUCAUUGUUAUUUUUCCUGCUCAUUUUAUAAUUUUUUUUUUUUUUUAAACAAAGGCUGAAAUGUUGCUCAACCAGCAAGUUUUGUUUUGGUGAGUACAGGGGUUACAGUGCUCCUUGGUUAAAAUGAUGAGGCACUUAAAUUAGGCUAUUCUUUGAUUGAGAACACCCUCAGAUUUCAGAAUUAGUCUGUACAUAAAUUGUUUUGCUAAUUUAAACAUCGUAUUUGGUGUGAGGGGAAACCCUCCUCUAAGCACUGCUCUCCAAGCUUUGGUUGCAGCACCCUCUUCAAAUUCCCAUAUUUGUCCCAUGAAUCGUUUGUCGUUCUUCUGAAGUUAGUCCACUCCUUCCAUGUGUCUUCUUUUAAAAACAGGCCCUGAGUGAAUGAAUGCAUUGUUGCAGGAAUACCUUAGAGUAUCUUAGUCAUGUGUUUGAAAAAAGAAAAGACAAAAAAACGUACGGAUGUUAUGAAUGUGUGUGUGCGUGUGUGUGUGCGUGCGUGUGUGUGCACGUAUAGGUCUUCAUAUGCACUGGUGAUCUGAUGUCAUGUAACGUUACCACUGACCAUGUGAUUAAGGCUUUGACUCUAAACAGUACUGACCCAGCAUCAGGUUUCACAAAAUGUCCUCGUGUCUAAAAGUGAACAAAGAGAUGAUCAGAAGAUGCAUUUGUCAUUUCAGGAAAUUCACUUAAACCCUCUAAAACUCCCUCUUUAACAUGUUGUAUCCUUUUUCUUUAAUUCACUUAAAAAAACAAAGUGUAGGAAUGAUACUUAAACUGCAACUUGUCAUUUCUACACUUGGCUUAUGUAAACAAACGUGAUAUAACAUGUUAAUCAGGGAGCUUCAGAGGUGUAGGUGGAUUUCUCAGCUCUGAACAGUGCCAGGCUAGCUGUUCCCCAAUGUUUCCAGUCUUUAUGCUAAGCUAAGCUAACCAGAUUCUGGCUGUAGCUUCAUGUUUACCGUACAGAAUGAGAGCCGCAUUGAUUUUUCUCUCGCAUGACCCUUGGAAAAAGACAGCUAAUGAGGCCAGGCAGGCUGCAAACCAAAACUGAAGAUAUCUGACUCACAAAACAUUUAACUAUUCUGAGGAAUAGCAGCUCUGAUUGGCUACCCGGCUGAAAUUCUCCCUCCCUAAGGCACUGGCAUGUUUGAAAUGUGCAGCCAAAUUGGUGUGACCACGUCCAUGUUUGCUGUUGCUAACAGAUAUGCAUCUCUUCUCGCCUCCCGUCACUCCUGGUUAAAAAACAACAGAAUAAUGUCGUGGCAGGAGAAACAUUCAUCUCCCUAACUCCCCCGACCGAUGCUCCCUUUACUUACUAUGCAAACUUUCUAACGUGGGAAACACAUUGACCUCCGUGCAGAGCGAGUCAGUGACGGGAACAGGACACUUUAACGCUACGUAGGUAGACAAACAACUCCUGGUACCAAACUCCAAACACCUGUAAAUACUUAACACUAUAUUUAAGUACUGAUAAUAAUCCCAGCUUUUUUUUUUGUUUGUCUUUUAUUUUUGUUGUUGUUGAAAUUUUAAAGAUAGAACUGUAUUUAUCGUCGCUGUCAGCAUAUACUGUAGCUUCAAUUGACAGCAUUAUGUACAUAGGUCACCUUUUAGUAUUAUUUCACAUUGAAAAGUAGAGGGCGUCUGUGAUGGAAAAUGACUAUUGAGCUUCUAAUAGAGUUUCUCUCUAGUUUUGUACGGUAGAAGGAAGGAUAGUGCUAACACGGUACAGUUGUGUCAGUCCACUUGUUUCAAAAGUUUGAUAUAUAAAUAUAUAAAUAUAUAUAUUUACAUACAUACAUAUAAAGCUGCUAGAUACAAUCACUAAUUUUAUUGUGUUGACAGAGAAAAUCAGCUAUGAACGACUGUUAAACCCUAAAAAUCUCCGGCGGCGUCCGGUCUCGCCGUUCGACGCCGCCGUACAACCAUGACGGCGAGUUUAUAAAUGUCCGAUUGCUCUGCGUGAUGAAGUGGACUCUUGUGCAUGUGUGCGCGAGUGUUACUCUAUGUGUGUUCUUGUAUGCCCAUGUGUGUGUGUGUGUGUGUGUGUUCUGUGCGCGUGUGGGGUUGGUGUGUAACCAAAUGUUUGGUUGGCCGCCAUAUUCUCCCAUUGGAAUUGGAUUGCCCUGCAUUUAUUGCAAGCUGAACCAAGGUUUGAUGAACCUGAUUAAAACUUGCUGGCUGAGAAGCAAAAUGUAGGAUGUGCAUUUAUACAAAGUGUAGAGAAUGCUGAAAUAACACUUCUCAUUCUGCAUUAACCAGCACAGUGCAACUUCCUGUCAUGUACUGUAUUAUAUAUGCAACAUGUGUCUGUCCGCUUUAAUAUAUAUAUUUUUUUGACCUGCAUUAUAUAAGACUUCAGUUUUAACCACUUUGCUGCUAGUCUUUUAUCCUCUUUCAAUCUUGGAAAAUUGUGCAUAUCUUUGGGAAUGCAUACAAGUGUACAUUCUUGACAUUGUGUAGAUUUAAAAAAAAAAAAAAGAAAGAAGCUAUAUAAACCUGUUUCUCUUCAGUGUAUUGUUUUUAAAAACGGUUACUUUUCACAGCAGUUGAGUGGUUAUGUUUCGAUUCUCCGAUGCUUUGGUGCACUGAUGAUACUCUAUGUAAGCUUUUUUUCAUCUUACAGCGCUUGAUGUAACAUUUAUGUGAUUAGUUCUAAAUAGUGGAAAACAUUUGUGUUUUGAAACUUGCAGUAUAAAUGGUACUACUCUUAACUAUUCUGUAAACACUGCCUGUUUGCUUUCUUUUUCUUUUUUCCACUCUUUGUGCAUAUUUCUUUCCUGUGCAUCCCCCUCCUACCCCCUCCCUCCCCCCUUUUAGUGCCAUCGGCUUUCACAUCCUGACAACCUCAAAAAAGUGCCUCACGUCCAUCCUAGUUUCCAUCUUACAAUUUUAACAUCUCUCGUUCUGGUUCUAUUGGUUUCUACACGUCUAGGUAUUUCCUCUCAUGGUUCGAGAAUACCAAGUAUAUGAUGUAAAAUUUAUAGUCCCAAUAACUCAUGUCAUAGUUGUAUUUUCUUCAUACAGAUGUAGCUCAUUACUUUUCAUAAAUAUAUAAUGUAAAUAUGCAUACAUAUGUUUGUAACUGUUUUUAUGUUACAUCAUACACUUGUAAUUUGACAUAUCAAAUAACAUUAUCAUAAUAAAAUGGUGAGUUUUAAUCUUU